AUGGAGGGGCUGGCGGCGGGUAGCACGGGGGCCGCCCAGGCCGAGGGUGCCGCCGCGCCGCCGCCCCCGCCUCCUGCCUCCCCGCCGACCCUCACACCGGCUCCCGCCGCCGCCGAGGAGGCCCCGCCGCCUUUGCCUGAGGCGGGGGCGUCCGGUUGCUCGGGCCCUCGGCCCCCCGAGCUGGAGCCGGAGCGCGGCCUGGGUCUCUUGAGAAGCGGCUUCGAGGACGAGGACGAGGACGAGGAGAUGGAGGAGGAAGAAGAGGAGGAGGAAGAGGAGGAAGAGAUGGGCCACUUCUCCCUGAGGCUGGAGGGGGGUCGGCCAGACUCGGAGGAGGAGGAGGAGGAGCGUUUGAUUCACCUUUCUGAGCUGACCCCAUACAUCUUGUGUUCCAUCUGCAAAGGUUACUUAAUAGAUGCAACGACCAUUACAGAAUGUCUUCACACCUUUUGUAAAAGCUGCAUUGUAAGACAUUUUUACUAUAGCAACAGAUGUCCAAAAUGCAACAUAGUAGUACAUCAGACACAGCCUCUUUAUAAUAUAAGGUUGGAUCGACAGUUACAAGACAUAGUGUACAAAUUAGUGAUCAAUCUAGAGGAAAGAGAAAAAAAGCAAAUGCAUGAUUUCUAUAAAGAAAGAGGUCUAGAAGUGCCUAAACCUGCUGUGCCACAGCCAGUUCCUUCAAGCAAAGGAAAAUCUAAGAAAUCCCUGGAAUCAGUGUUCCGUAUUCCUCCCGAACUUGACAUGUCUUUAUUACUGGAGUUCAUUGGUGCUAAUGAAGGCACAGGACAUUUUAAGCCUCUGGAAAAGAAGUUUGUCCGAGUUUCAGGAGAAGCAACUAUUGGGCAUGUAGAAAAAUUCCUCAGAAGAAAAAUGGGUCUUGAUCCAACUUGUCAGGUAGAUAUCAUCUGUGGUGAUCACCUGUUGGAGCAAUAUCAAACUCUAAGGGAAAUCCGACGUGCAAUAGGGGAUGCAGCAAUGCAGGAUGGUUUACUUGUCCUUCAUUAUGGUCUUGUGGUUUCUCCUCUGAAAAUAACUUGA